AUGGCGCUCGCCGACUGCGAAUGCGGCUACACGAUCGCCUCCCCCCCCAGCGAGAGCAAUGAGAGGAACGGCGACAACAACGGUGUCCUCCUUUUCACCGACCUCCUCGAAACAGACUUCACCCGCCUGGUAGCAGACGACGACAACAACAAGAAUAACAUGGCGUGGGACACGACAGACUGGGCUCCGCAGGCGUUUAAUCUCACUGCGCAGCGGGCCAGGGGCAAGUAUGGCGAGAUGUUUGACGUGGGGAACGUGGGGUUUCAUGGUGGUGGUGAUCAAGGCCAACAAGAGCUGAGGCUGGCUGUGAGAAGCCAGGUGCUGGACGGCAUGGUGCCCGUCGCGGAGCUAGAUACGCGCCGGCUGGACAUCUUCUGGGGCACGUUCCGGGCGUCGAUGAAGAUCUCGAAGGUGCCAGGGACGUGCGCCGCUUUCUUCUGGUACUUCAACGACACGCAGGAGAUCGACAUGGAGUUCCUGACCAAGGACUUCAACACCUCCAACAGCAGCUAUCCCGUCAAUCUCGUGCUGCAGUCCAGGGAGGCCGCGCUGGCCGGGUACGACGCAUCUACGACGGGCAAUUUCGUCAAGACCUACCUGCCGUUCGACCCGACGGACGACUUCCACGAGUAUCGCAUCGACUAUCUCCCGGGGCGGGUAUUCUUCUACGCCAAGGGCGUGAAACUCGCCGAGAUGAACGGCCCCGCGGUCCCCUCGUCGCCGGGACACCUGAUCCUGCAACACUGGAGCAACGGGAACCAGUACUGGUCUGGCGGCCCGCCGGCGGAAGACGCGGCGUUGGCGGUCCGAUAUGUCAAGGCCUACUUCAACUCAUCAUCCACGGCCCGGAGCCAACAAGACCGGGCAGCGCGGUGCCAGGAUCCCGCUGCGCCAAACGCAGUGUGUGAGAUUCCCGAGGUGACUCCGACGAAUGGGAGCGCUGCAGACUGGUUCUUCACCGAGCACGGGAAUACGACCAGCACCCAGACGAAUUCGGAGGAGAGCGGGUCAGGGGAGGAGCGUGGCCAUCCAUAUCGGCUUUGGCGUUGUGUUUGCUGA